UUCACUUCGCUCACCAUCUAUCAAACUCUCUCUCAACUUCACUUAUUUUCAUUGUUUCAAAAAUGUUGACGCCGAAAGAACACAUUGAGGAGAUUCGAAGAAAUAAUUUCUGGAUCGGACGUGAGGAGCAAAACAGAGUUGUUUUUAAGAUGUUACAAAAAACGGUUAAACUCCUCUCUGCUGAACUCUACGCCAAGGAUGUGCAUUUUCUUAUGGAGCUCAUCCAGAAUGCUGAAGACAACGAGUAUCCUGAGGGUGUGGAUCCAUCAUUUGAGUUUGUUUUAACCUCUCGUGAUAUUACUGGCACAGGAGCUACAGCUACGUUGCUGGUAUUUAAUAAUGAGAAGGGGUUUUCUGCUGAGAACAUGGAGUCCAUUUGCAGUGCUGGUCUCUCCACAAAAGAAGGCAAAAGAAAACGUGGCCAAAUUGGGGAGAAAGGAAUCGGUUUCAAGAGUGUAUUUCUGAUCACUGCUAGGCCUUACAUAUUCAGCAGUGGCUAUCAGAUACGAUUCAGUGAAGAGCCCUGCCCACACUGCGGCAUUGCGUACAUGGUUCCUGAAUGGGUUGAGGAGAAGCCAACUCUUUCUGACAUCAAGCACAUAUAUGGCUCGGCUUCCACACUCCCGAACACUGUAAUAAUCCUACCCCUGAAGCCUGACAAAGUCCAGCCUGUCAAGGAACAGCUUUCGAGUGUUCAUCCAGAAAUUCUGUUGUUCCUUACCAAAAUCAGGCAACUAUCUAUAAAGGAACAUAAUGAGGAUCCCAAGCCCAGUAAUGUUAGUGCCAUUGCUAUCACCAGUGAGACUAACUUUAUGACAAGGAAGACUAUUGAUGCUGAGUCCUUUACACUCCAUCUGUCUGCAACUGGGAACCAAUUUGAAAAAGAUUGCGGCUACUAUAUGUGGAGGCAGAGAUUUCCUGUAAAGGAGGAAAACAGAGUGGAAAGGAGGAUGGACGUAGAAGAGUGGGUGAUCACUUUGGCUUUUCCUUUUGGGAGCCGUCUCGAGAGAGGGGCAACCUCUCCUGGAGUUUACGCUUUUCUUCCAACCGAGAUGAUUACAAACUUUCCCUUCAUAAUUCAAGCAGAUUUCCUUCUUGCUUCAUCCAGGGAAUCAAUAUUAUUUGGUAACAAAUGGAAUGAAGGAAUUCUUGACUGUGUGCCAUCUGCUUUUGUCAAAGCAUUAGAAUCAUUGGUCAAAACAGAAGGUGCUCCAGUAUCAAAUUUACCUCGGAUGUUCAAUUUCUUGCCGGUUAAAAGCUCUUCCUAUCAACAGCUGAAUGCUGUAAGAGAAUCAAUUAAAGCAAAGCUGGUAGAAGAAAAUAUUGUUCCGAGUGAAUCAAACUUGGAGCAGAAAUACUUCUACAAACCCCGUGAAGUGGGAAGGUUGAUGCCUGCUUUCUGGAAUAUUUUGGACAAGGCAAGGAGCCAAGGCGUGAGCUUGAAUAAUCUCUCUUCCCAUGGAAUAUAUAUUCUGAGUUCUGCAUUCGACAAGGUUGAGUAUAAUGAGGUACUGAAUUUCUUGGGUGUGGGAUCAGUAAACAAUGAAUGGUAUGCAAAGUGUAUCCAGGGUUCGAAUCUGGUAUUGGGAGUGUCAGAGGAUGUUUAUUUGGAGCUCCUCAUUUUCGUAGCCAAUAAUUGGUCACCCAAUUUCAUCUCAACCAACAUGAGAAAUGUAUCCUUGAUCAAAUAUGUUGACCUCAAUGGGAAUGUGGCUCUGUGCAGUAUUGGAAGCCCAACGGGUUAUGGCAGUACGAGAGUAGUCUGUCUUUCAGAGCAUCUAUCUUGGUUGAUUAAUUGGAACAAGGAAUUCAGAUUCGUUGCCAAUCGAUUUUUUAUGCCACAGAAUACUUAUGAUGCUAUUCAAUCAUGUUAUCAGAAGGAAAAUCUGUUGACAUGGCUGAGAAACUGCGUGAAGGUUGAUACUGUGAGUGUGUAUAAUUAUGCAGCCGCUCUUAUUAAUUAUCUCAAUAAUGACCGCAAGCUUGUUGUUGCCUUCGCUCACUUCUUAUAUCACUCAUACUUAAAGCGUUAUAUAUCAGAAGAGUGCGUUCGAAAUUUGUGUAAGAGUAUGCCACUCGUUGAUAACUACGGUAAUGUGAAGACAACAAGAAAUGGGGUCCUUGUUCCUGCUAACGGAAGCAACUGGGUGAAUCUGUUUGUUUCAAACCCAUGGACACAACAAGGCUAUAUUGAGUUGGGGGUAGAUUACUUGCGUCCAUGCUGCUAUGCUGAGCAAAGUACAAAUGGAAAACAAUUCUUACAGUUCCUGAAGUCUUGUGUUGGAGAUUCUGAUAUCCCCGAUAUAUCUCCUCCCGAUGCUGGGAUUCCAGCUCUGUACUCCCCACUCACCAAGGAAAACGCAUUCUUACUCUUGGAUUGGGUUAAAAACCUGAAAAAUAAGGGAACUCCUAUACCACAGAGGCUGUUGACAUGCAUGAAGGAAGGUAGCUGGCUGAGAGUCACGAUGAAUGGUUCUCCUGGGUAUAAACCGCCGUCGGAGUCAUUUUUUAUCAAAUCAUCAUUGGGAACCCUUUUGCAGAACGGAUCUGUGCUCGUUGACAUUCCUGUGAUCGACCAGAGUUUUUAUGGUGAAAGUAUACACAAUUACAAAGUGGAACUUAGGGCUAUUGGAGUUAUGUUAGAAUAUUCAGAAGCGUGUCAAUUUAUUGGGAAACGUCUCAUGUCGCAGACUGCUUCCUCCAAUGUUACUAGAAGCAGCGCCUUGUCAAUACUGAAUUUUGUUAAAUUUCUGGGGGAAAAUUACCUUUCACCGGAUAGUUUCAUUAGCAGUAUCAGUGGAGGAAGUUGGCUAAAAACUUGCUGUGGUUACAUGUCCCCAUAUAGAUCUGUUUUAUUUGAUCAGGAGUGGAAAGCAGCAGCAGAAAUCAGCAACAUUCCUUUCAUUGAUCAAGCUUACUAUGGUAAGGAAAUCCUUGAUUUCAAAAAGGAGCUCCAGCAGCUCGGUGUUGUACUUGGCUUCAAUCAACAUUAUGCGCUUGUCAUUCAGCACUUAAAAUCGCCAUUGUACCUGACUGCUCUCACUGAUGAGGCUGUGCUUUUGGUUCUGAAAUGCAUACGUAACUCAGAUUUCUAUGUUCAUAACCGAAUUGUUCAACCACUUCAAAGUGCAAAAUGCUUGAAGACAACUGCUGGUUACAAGUCUCCAGGUGAAUGUUUUCUGUUAGAUCCUAAAUGGGGUUCUCUUCUACAGGUUUUCAACGAUAUCCCAAUACUUGAUCUGAAAUUCCAUGAAAGCAGCAUGUACUCUUGGGUAAAUGAGUUGAGGCGAUUAGGAGUCGUGGUGGAUUUUCAGAUAGCCAUGAAAGAAUUUUUCAGAAUUUUUCAGCAGAAGGCCCGUUCAUCGUCCAUUUCAGAAAACAAUGUGCUAACCUUUCUCUCGUGUUACAGAAAGUUAAGGGCGAUGUCUCUGGUUUUUCCUCCUGAGAUUAUGAUGUGCAUCUGUGGUGAAAAAUGGCUGCGGACUAAGUAUUGCUUUGGUGAUCCAGUUAGAUCUCCACGACAAUGCAUUCUUUUUGGUCCCGAAUGGGUGUUCAUAUCUCCUGUAGCCGCGCUUCCUUUCAUAGAUGACCGCGAAAGUUGUUAUGGCAAAGCCAUUUAUGAAUACAGAGAAGAGCUAAAGAGUAUGGGAGUCAUUGUGCGACUUCAAGAUGGUGUGGAGUUUGUUGUUAAUGGACUGUUAAAUUUUGUGAAUCCCAGCAGCCUCACUCCUGCAAAUGUUCUUGCAUUGCUUAAAUGCAUCCGGCUGUCAGAAGAGAAGAAAUAUUCUUUGCCCGAUUCCUUUUACAAAAAAGUUUCUAACAAAUGGCUGAAGACUUAUGAUGCAGCUGAUUAUUAUAGCCCAGACCAAUGCUGCUUGUUCGAUUCCAAGUGGGAAUUGUGUUUGAACCGGAGAGAUGGACCCUUCAUUGAUGAAGAGUUUUAUGGCUCUGAAAUCAAAUCUUACCGUGAAGAGCUUAGGGCAAUAGGAGUAACCGUUGAUGUUGAGGGUGCAUGUUCGCUGCUUGCCGACAACCUGGAUUCUCACUCUGACUUUGCCACUAUUGUUCGAAUAUAUAAUUUCUUAGGAGGAAUGAAGUGGGAAGUUAAUGGUGAAGCUGCAAAAAGGAUAUGGAUCCCUGAUGGAAGUAAGAAUGGACACUGGGUCAACCCUGAGAAGUGUGCUUUACAUGAUAAAGACGGUCUGUUCAGUUCUCAGCUGAAUGUAUUAGAUAAACACUAUGAACGUAACUUGCUGAGCUUCUUCACUAGUGCUUUCAGUGUUAAAUCCAAUCCUUCGGUUGAUGAUUAUUGCAAGCUUUGGAUGGGUUGGGAAGGCUCGCGACAGCAACUUUCGAAGGAUGAGUGUUGUGCAUUUUGGCGUUGUGUCGUCGGUUGGAGUCCGGGGAAACAUAAACUUCUCGCUGACAGCUUGCUGAAGGUGCCAGUAGAUUCAGGCUCAGAUGGGAUUUUGUUGCUCAACAAGCGAGAUGCUUUUAUUCCUGACGACCUUCAACUUAAGGACUCAUUCGAAAAAUCCUCUCGCUCAUUGUUUGUCUGGUGCCCUCAGUCCAGCUCACAUUCUUUACCUCGGACCAAGUUGCUUGAAGUCUAUAGGAAUCUUGGGGUUCGCACAAUCUCUGAAUCUGUACAGAGGGAAGAGUUAUCCGUCGAAGAUGGUGUGGAACUCAAGCAGGUGAAUCCAAGUGAUGUGUCAAUUUGCAGAGAGCUGAUUAAACUCAUUUUAGGCUUCCUCGCUGAUCUUAAACUUGAAGUUGAAAAGAGGCAUGAAACUGUGAAGUGCCUCCUCAAUCUCACUGCUCUGGAGACUCCAGAACCAAUCACUGCGAAGUAUAGCUUAUCAAUGUCGACAGGUGAAAUUGUGGAUGUCACAGAAUGCCAAAUGAUUCUAUGGGAUAAAGACAGUUCAAGGUUUUAUACUCAGGAGAUGGAUAGGUCUAGGGGACCCAAAUUUCUCAUAGAAUAUGCAACCCGCUUCUCACAAGUCAUAUCCGAGGGUUUGUUAUGGGAUAGAGAAGAACAUAUAAGUGCACUCUCUGAACUGAUCAAGUGUGCUUUUUUGGUGGAAUUUGAUGAAGAAGCUGUUGGAUUUCUUAUGAAAUCAAAGAAUUUGCAGAUCUUCGUGGAGGAUGAGAAGUUUUUGGUUGGUGAAUUCCCUUCUGAUUAGGUACGCCAAAAAUAUAAUGACCUGUAUCUUUGGAAUUCACCCACAUGACUUCUUGUCUUUUUUCUCCUCCAGUUUGUUGCGUUAAAUUUUUGUUGCAUGGGUGUGUUUCUUUUUUUAGGUAUAUGAUAUCUUGUGUUCUCAUUGCUGCUGGAUGUGCAAGAGGAGGGUAUAGCUGCCAUAUUACCUAUCUGUAUAAUUUAUAUCUUAUCGUGUGUUUGUUCUGGUCCUCUGUUUCUAAUUAUAUUUCCAAACUAUGUAAGAUUGGGUUGAUAACUUAAUAUCUGUUGUAAUUAUCUUAAUCUUAAUUUAGUGUUUUGUUAUGAA